UCUUGCAAUAGGUUAUGAUAAUCUCCGCCUCCACGGGUUGUAAAAUUUCGUGAGAUGGCCACUGGUAAUGUCAAAAAUUGUAUUUUGUAAACUGCUGUUCCUUGCGGUCAAAAAAUGCUCUCAAAAGAUUCAUUGGACAAAUAGCAUAUCGAAUAAACAGCUACAUCUCUAGUAUAAACAGUGGUCAGUUUCGCUUUCUGUCAGGAGUGUCAGGCAUAAAGAGGUUAUAAUUAUUAAUGUUAUUGAAUGUGUGCGAUGUAAAUAUUAUUUCAACGAUUUCGAUUUUCUCGUUUCCAAACAAAAUUAACAAUACUAUCGUCGUUUGUGCCUUACAUUUGAUCUAGGAAAGUUUGAAAUAAUAAUAAAGCAGUAUUACUUUAAUUAUGUAGUUACAAUGGUGAAAAACAUAGAUUUUGACAUGAAUGGGUCUAUCUAUCAUGAGCGCCAGGUAAAAGAGCUAUGCGCUUUACAUGCCUUAAACAACUUGUUCCAAGAACACGGUUUCACCAAGCAAGAACUAGACCAGAUAUGUUACAGCCUAAGCCCUGAUGUUUGGAUAAAUCCGCACAAGUCAUUACUGGGGCUUGGCAACUAUGACAUCAAUGUUAUCAUGGCAGCUCUGCAGCGUAAAGGCCAUGAGGCAGUGUGGUUUGAUAAGCGCAGAGACCCAAAAUGCCUCCGUCUCGAAAAUAUCGAAGGUUUUAUUCUGAACGUACCCACUGAAUAUAAGUUGGGAUUUGUUCUACUACCUCUUAAAAGACGGCACUGGAUUGCUCUACGAAAAAUAAGUGGCACUUUUUACAAUCUUGAUUCCAAACUUGAGAGCCCUCAGCUAAUCGGAAAGGAUAAUGAAUUGAUAGCAUAUUUGAAAGAGCAAAUAGACAGUAAGGAGAAAGAGUUAUUUUUGGUUGUAUCUAAGGAGGUUGACAGUAAACAAGGUUGGUUAUUAGAUCCAUAUCAAGCCAGUCUGCAAAAUGAUGCUGAUGAAGAUUCCAUUCAAUAUAUCGAAGACAGUAUGCCUUCAGAGAGUGAUUUUCAAAAUAAUAGAGUCGAAAUGGACAACCACCAAAGUUGAUAAAAUGUAGUGUUCGGUGUCAAAAAUGUUUGAGAUGACGAGAAAAUGUUCUGAAAUAAAACGCAGCGACCUUUUUUUUCCAA